AUGCCUCUGCUCUGGACCCUGCUGGCCCUCGGCUGCCUGCGGUUCGGCUCGGCGGUGAACCUCCAGCCUCAAUUGGCCAGCGUGACCUUCGCCACCAACAACCCAACACUCACCACCGUGGCCUUGGAAAAGCCGCUCUGCAUGUUUGACAGCUCGGGGGCCCUCAACGGCACCUACGAGGUCUACCUCUACGUCCUGGAGGACUUGGCCGGCUCCAGGAAUGCCUCUGUGCAGGACAGCACCAACGCCCCCCUGGACUCGACCUUCCAGCAGACCCACGGCGGGAGGACAGGUCCCUACAGGGCUGUGGCCUUUGGCCUGACCCCCUGCAGCGACCUGCCCAACCUGGAUGCUGUCGGGGAUGUGACCCAGGCCUCGGAGAUCCUGAACGCAUACCUGGUGAAGGUGGGCAGCAAUGGGAGCUGCCUGUGGGACCCUAACUUCCAGGGCUUCUGCAACGCACCCCUGUCGGCAGCCACAGAGUACAGGUUCAAGUACGUCCUGGUCAACAUGGCCACAGGCUUGGUACAGGACCAGACUCUGUGGUCAGAUGCCAUCCGCACCAACCGGCCUGCCCCCUACAUGGCCAUCGACACGUGGCCGGGCCGGCGCAGCGGGGGCAUGAUCGUCAUCACCUCCAUCCUGGGCUCCCUGCCCUUCUUCCUGCUGCUCGGCUUUGCAGGAGCCAUCGUCCUCAGCUUCCUGGACAUGGGCACCACGGACGGGGAAAUGUCGCACGACUCCCAGAUCCUGCAAGAGACUGCCCCCAGGUCCCUGGGCAGCUCGGAGCCGUCCUAUGCGUCUGUGAACCGGGGGCCGCCCCUGGACAGGGCCGAGGCGUACUCUGGCAAGCUGCAGGACUGA